AUGGCUUCGGCUGUAAAGCUAGUUUGUGCCCUCGUGCUGGUCGCCUCGGUGUCCUGCAGACAUUACGACGCCCAGGGAAAUGCCGUGAGGAAGAUGCACAAGGAUGACUACGACGACGAGUCUUACGAUGAAUCCGAGUGGGAUUCUACGAGCGACGACAGAUCGGAUUUCCACAUGUUCAAUGAUGAGUACGAUGACGAGUAUGACGACGAGUACGACGAUGAUUACCAUCACGGCCACGGGCACGGGCACGACAGCUACGACGACGAGAGCUACUCUCACGAGUACGGCGGCGGCCACGGGGGAGGCGGUGGCGGGAAUUACGGUGGCGGCGGAGGAAAUUACGGCGGCGGUGGCCAUGGAGACUACAGUCACGAGGAUCACGGCGGUGGCGGCCAUGGAGGCUACAGUCACGAGGAUCACGGUGGCGGAGGCGGCGGACACUACUCGGAGGAGCACGGCGGCGGGGCUGAGUACCCGAUCAUCGGGCCGGACGACGACAAGCCGCCGCCAGGAUGGGAGCAGUACGGCGGGGCCGAAGAAACCUUCCCCGUGGGCGUGCCGGACGGAUUCGAGGAGAUCCCCGACGGUGAGCCAGACGCUCCCUUCACGGACUUCGAACACAUGACGUGA